AUGGCAGCUCGCCGCCGUUCCCUUCUCCCAACCAUCACACUACUACUCCUCUCCUCCGCCGCCGCCGACGCCGGCGACGACACAAAAGAUGGGUUCGUCUUCGGCGGCUGCACACAGCAAAAGUACACCCAACACUCCCCCUACGAGUCAAACCUCAACUCCCUCCUCACCUCCCUAGUCAACUCCGCCACCUACUCCUCCUUCAACAAGUUCACCAUCCUCGGAUCCGACGUCGUCUCGGGCCUCUACCAGUGCCGCGGCGACCUCUCCAUGCCCGACUGCGCCACCUGCGUCGCCGCCGCCGUCUCCCGCUUCUCCUCCCUCUGCCCCGACAACUGCGGCGCCGCCGUCCAGCUCCAGGGCUGCCUCGUCAAGUACGACAACGCCAGCUUCCUCGGCGUCGAGGACAAGUCGGUGGUCCUCAAGAAGUGCGGGCCCUCCGACGGCUACGACGCCGACACGGCGGCGCUCAGGGAGGCCGUGCUGUCCGGGCUCGGGGGCCGGACCGGGGCCUACUAUCGCGUGGGAGGGUCGGGCCGGGUCCAGGGCCUGGCCCAGUGCGUGGGGGAUUUGGGCCCGGCCCAGUGCCAGGAUUGCUUGGGGGAGGCGAUCGGACGGCUGAAAGGAGAGUGCGGGACGGCGGAUUACGGGGAUAUGUUUCUGGGCAAGUGUUACGUGCGGUAUACAAGUAACGGCGCUCACUAUAGCUCCGGCGACAAUAAUUACAACAAGGCUCCUCACUAUGCUGGGAAAUCUACAAGCGGGACAGAGAAGACAUUCGCAAUCAUAAUUGGGUUACUAGCGGGAAUUGCUUUGCUCAUCAUCUUUCUUACUUUCCUAAGGAAAAUAAUCGGUGGAGGAAACGGUAAAUAA